CGGCAGCCCCGGUCUCGCAGCCUCCCGCGGUUCCAGCCACUCGACCAGCCAUGUCUCUCAGCGGAGCCUCUGAGCGCAGCGUCCCGGCCACCAAGAUCGAAAUUACCGUGUCCUGCCGGAAUUUGCUGGACCUCGACACCUUCUCCAAGUCCGACCCCAUGGUGGUGCUUUACACGCAGAGUCGGGCCAGCCAGGAGUGGCGAGAGUUCGGACGGACGGAGGUGAUCGACAACACGCUGAACCCAGACUUUGUGCGCAAAUUCGUCCUCGACUACUUCUUUGAGGAAAAGCAAAACCUGCGCUUCGAUGUGUACAAUGUUGACUCCAAAACCAACAUCUCCAAACCGAAGGAUUUCCUGGGACAAGCAUUCCUGGCCCUGGGAGAGGUGAUCGGAGGCCAGGGAAGCCGUGUAGAGCGAUCCCUCACGGGUGUACCAGGCAAGAAGUGUGGGACCAUACUGCUGACUGCAGAGGAGCUUAGCAAUUGUCGGGACAUUGCCACCAUGCAGCUGUGCGCAAACAAGCUGGACAAGAAGGAUUUCUUUGGGAAAUCAGACCCCUUCCUUGUGUUCUAUAGGAGCAAUGAGGAUGGCACGUUCACCAUCUGCCACAAGACGGAGGUUGUCAAAAACACACUGAACCCUGUGUGGCAACCCUUCAGCAUCCCCGUGCGAGCACUGUGCAAUGGAGACUAUGACAGAACAGUGAAGAUUGAUGUGUAUGACUGGGACCGGGACGGAAGCCACGACUUCAUUGGUGAGUUCACCACCAGCUACCGGGAGCUGAGCAAGGCCCAGAACCAGUUCACAGUGUAUGAGGUACUUAACCCUCGGAAGAAAUGUAAGAAGAAGAAAUAUGUCAACUCAGGAACUGUGACGCUGCUCUCCUUCUCUGUGGACUCGGAAUUCACUUUCGUUGAUUACAUCAAGGGAGGGACACAGCUCAACUUCACAGUUGCCAUUGACUUCACAGCUUCUAAUGGGAAUCCUCUGCAGCCCACCUCCCUGCAUUACAUGAGUCCCUACCAACUCAGCGCCUACGCCAUGGCCCUCAAGGCGGUGGGAGAAAUCAUCCAGGACUACGACAGUGACAAGCUCUUCCCAGCCUAUGGCUUUGGAGCCAAGCUGCCUCCAGAGGGACGGAUCUCCCACCAGUUCCCCCUGAACAACAAUGAUGAGGACCCCAACUGUGCAGGCAUUGAGGGCGUGCUGGAGAGCUACUUCCAGAGCCUGCGCACAGUGCAGCUCUAUGGGCCCACCUACUUUGCUCCUGUCAUCAACCAGGUAGCCAGGGCUGCAGCCAAGAUCUCUGAUGGUUCCCAGUACUAUGUUCUGCUCAUCAUCACUGACGGGGUCAUCUCUGACAUGACGCAGACCAAGGAGGCCAUCGUCAGUGCCUCCUCACUGCCCAUGUCUAUCAUUAUUGUCGGUGUGGGACCAGCCAUGUUUGAAGCAAUGGAAGAGCUGGAUGGUGAUGACGUGCGCGUGUCCUCAAGGGGACGCUAUGCAGAGCGGGACAUCGUUCAGUUCGUCCCCUUCCGAGACUAUGUCGACCGGUCCGGAAACCAGGUGCUGAGUAUGGCCCGACUAGCCAAGGACGUGCUGGCCGAGAUCCCAGAGCAGCUGCUGUCCUAUAUGCGCACCAGGGAUAUCCAGCCUCGCCCUCCACCUCCAGCCAACUCCAGCCCAACCCCAGCUCCAGAACAGCCCUGAGGAGCCCACUUACUCUAAUAACUAGCAGUCUGCCUGCCUGCUCAUCCACUGCUUCUGCUGAAAGCCAGAGGCGGCUGGAGCCCUGGACCUCACUGAGGCUAGCUUGGAGGGUCAGUGCUGGCUGGUCGAGCCCUCUGCCCCCUCACCCACAGAAGGGCCUGGCACUGUCACCACCUCCCUGCCUUCAUGCCAAUAAUAAAGCUGAUCUUUACUCCA